CGACGUCAUCAGAAGAAUCUCGUCUGCAGUCUAAAUUAUCUACGCUAAAAUACCCAUUAUGUCUUCGACCUGCAUGACAGCAAACAGUCCACCAGAGGGAAAGCGAAGAGCCUACGACAACGAGUUCAAGAUGCUCAGUUCUCUCCUAACGGUCGUUACUGCCAUCAACAACAUUGGCUCCUCUACUAUACAUGGUACGAACAACCGACAACCUUACCAUACAACGCCGCUCGAUGCGGUAACUUCCGUCAUCGUUAGGCGCUCCGAGAUCGUUGCAGCCGUUGCUGGUCGAGCCCAGGCAACUGCGCCCACUGGUCUCUCGUCCGCCCCUCAGCCCCAUCUCCCUAUUCCACCGCCCGCACCAGACCCACUAUAUUACACAGCACUGACCGCGUCUUCAAAAAGCGAUAUUCAUGUGUUGGCCAUGGAGCAAGAUGCUGUGGAAGACAAAGACAAAGACGGCCAGGCCGGAUGUACAGCUUCCGCGAAUGCAAAGUGUAGAGACAAAUCUGGCCAUGACUGUAUGCUACUUGUCAGCGGAAAUUCCCAUUGGCAAACAGUCAAAGGCGAUGGCCUGAAGGGCUUGCUCAUUGAUGCAACGUAUGACCCGCUUUGCAAUCAUAUCGCAACCUUCACAGAUUUCUUCAAGGAAUAUCGCGCAGCAUCUCUUGAAGAACGGACGGACCUCUUCAUGACAUUCACACAUUAUCUGAUCACGACUUCGUGGCCGAAAAUGCUUAGCAGGAUGUCGACUCC